AUGACGAUUAUGUGGAUUCUUCGCCGUUUCGGACAGGAGGAGAAGGACAAGACGGACGAAGAAGUGAAGGAGAUUUGUAAACAAGGACGUAAACAAACCAAAGAAACGUGGGGGAAAUUCGCGGCGGAGAUUAGGGAUCCGAAGAAGAACGGAGCUAGGGUUUGGCUCGGGACUUACGAGACGCCGGAGGACGCGGCGGUGGCUUACGACAGAGCUGCGUUUCAGCUAAGGGGAUCCAAGGCUAAGCUUAAUUUCCCACAUUUGAUUGGCUCUUGUAAGUAUGAGCCGGUUAGGAUCAGGCCUCGCCGUCGCUCGCCGGAGCCGUCUGUCUCCGAUUACUCAUCGCCGGAGCAGAAGAGGAUUGGCCACGUGGGAGACGGGUUCGAUUUGGAUUUCACGAUGAACUCCGAAUCCGAUGGAGGUUUAUUGACGGAUCAAUCGGCAUGUUCGUUUUCUGAUAGUCGUGAAUGAUGAAUUAAGCGAUGUUUUGAUCAUAAUGUAAUGUCUUUGGAAAAUCAAUG